UGGAGGAGGAGGAGGGGAUGGAGACGGGAACAAAAGCGCAGAAAAGAAGAAACAGACCAAAAACGACGAAGAGGAGAGUAGCCACGAACCAUCAAGCGACUCUAGUGAUGGGGUGACGAGUGCAACAACGACAAGCCACGCCGAGGCUGGUGCAUCAGAGAGCUUAUUUCCUUCAGGCAGCUCCUCCUCCAAGUUGAUGUCUGGAGAUGAUAAGUCAGCUGGAGAGGAGGUUAAGGCUGGUGGAGACGAUAGUAAAGCUGUGCCUCUUACUCCUUCCAUCACCAUUCCUAUUCUGCAGCUGUCCCAGGAGGAGGAGGGGUAUAUCCCAUCUGCUCAGGGAGAGCCUAUUACAGAUACUCCAUCCUCAAGUGUACCUGCUGGCUCUCCUCAGAAAGUCCUUCCUCUUCCUCCCAGCUCUCCCCACCCAUCAAAGCGGAAGAGCAGUGUACUGGAGGAUUCGUCGGCAGCAUCGGAGUCACCAAAGAUCCCCUUCAAACUCCGGCGUACUGAAGACACGAGUGAGACUAGCGAAUCUGGAGAUGAUCGGGUCAUUGUAGAUUACACGUCACUGGCAAAGAAGGGUGUAGAGAUUAGUCCUAAGCAACAAAAGUAUCCACUCAGAACCACAAAGCCCCCACAUCUCACUGGUGUAGCAAAAUGUCUCACUUUUAAGGAUAGUAGUUUUGUUGAAAAGCUGCAGGAGCCAGUGAGCCUACCCGGUAAUACAGAAGAGGAAAGCAGCGAACAAGAAAAGCGGCCAGAACUGCUGAGACGACUCCCUGUUGAUACUGAAGAAGAGGAAAGCAGCGAACAAGAAAAGCGGCCAGAACUGCUGAGACGACUCCCUGUUGAUACUGAGGAAGAGGAAAGCAGUGAGCAAGAAAAGCGGCCAGAACUACCGAGACGACUCCCUGUUGAUACUGAGGAAGAGGAAAGCAGCGACAAGGAAGAAGGUAAAAGUUUACUAGAGAGAAUCCCCACUCAUACAGAAAAAAGUAGUGACCGUGGGUUGAAGUUCGCAAGAAGGUCAAUACCCAUGCCUGAGAGAAGACACAGUUCACCAGAAGAAGAAGAGCCUCAGAUUUCUGAUAAGGAAGACAGUGACAUUGAGAUAAUUGAAGAUAAGGAGCGGCUGCAUCGUAGUAUUGAAAUUGUAUAUGAGAAGCCAAAGGAUCAUAGUUCGCUAGAUGAGGAAGUGGGUUCACAAGACUUCAGCUUGAUGUUGUCUUGCACACAGCGUGAAUCAGACUACACGGUCGAAGAGGCUGGUCAGAGAUUCUCCCAAGAACCCCUCUUCUCAGAAGAACCUCUAUUGGAAAAAGAGUCGCAAAGUCUUUUGACAAUGUCGGAAUCAGAGCAUCUUAAGUGCCAUGAUACAUUGUCAUCAAGUAGUGAUGAAGAAAGUAAAAAAAGUGUUGAAGAUGAUGGUGGGAGUAUGAGGGCCACUCAGCUAGAGAGAAUAUGUAGGCCAGCUAGUUUAACUCAGCCAGAUGUUAAACCAUUGAUCACAUUACCCAUUUCAAGUACUGAAAGUAAAGAAAAACAAUCAUAUGCUCAUAAGGACAUUACAUCUGCCUCCAAGACUGAUAAAGACGUAGAAAUGAAAGGAGCAGGCAGUGAUGAUGAUGCUGAAAGCUCGGGAAAAAUGACAGCGAGCACAAGUAAAGUACAAAGUAGCACGGUAGGUGUGUCACCCAGAGCAAGUUCUCGGUCAUCUCAAGUUGAGACAAGGCUACAGAUGCCUGACAUAUCCACUCCACCUUUGCAAUAUACCCAAGGGUCACAAGAGAGUGAAUCUGUGUUUGUGAAGGCUUCCAAAGCUGCCAAAGAAAGAAUUCAAAUAGAAGAAAAAAGAAUUGAAGCAAAGAAAAAAGAGAGAAAAGAAUCCGAGUUUGAUAUAUCAGGCGAGAGCUCACCCGGUCUCCUAGAUGCCAGUAAAGAAGAAACUCAGGAUAGCAGAGUAACAGAAAAAUCCAUAAUUGAUUGUGACGUUACGAAAGAAAGUUCCUCCAAUGUAUCCACACCCAUGUCUGAUUUGAUGCCUUCCCAUUCUUCCCAGUCAACUCCAGUCACUAGUCAGUCUCACUGGAGGCCUUCACAGAGCACUACUCUAUUUAGUUCAGGAAAAAAAGAAGGUAUUCUUAGCACCAGCAGUACACAAGGUUCACCAAAGAUCUUGGCAGAGGAGACAGACAGCGAGGAAGAAGGUCCCGUGCACAGAAAACGAAAAAAGCUCCGUCCCUCGGAAAAACUGACGAAGGCGAUAUCGUCUCUAAAGACUGAAGAGAGGAAGUCAUCAACCCCAAACACAAGUCAAGGGAUCAGUCUAAACAUAUCUAGUGAAGGUGUCAGCUACAUUGAUAAGGAAGCUCAAGGAGUGUUAUCUGGAAUAGAGAGUUCCAAGUCACACAACACAUCCCCAGAAGAGGGAAUUACCUCAAAGUUUCCAGAUUCAGUCAGAUCACUGGAAAGAGCAGCAAGCACUGCAGACACUGAACUUCUUCCAGAUCUUAAUAAAAUAUCCACCAUUGAAGACCUGAUCAAGUAUGGGUUCAGACAACAUAGGACUUUAGAGACCGUAGAGUACAUGCACCCGUUAACGAGAGAUCUCAUGCACGUAACGUUUGAUGGAGAUAAAGCGGGCAUUUCAAAAAUUAAUUUUCACUCGGUGACCGACACCGGGAGUGGCAGUGGUCGUAGUGGUAGGACUUCGGACGCUAGUAGCAUCUCGCGGUUAACUGGCUCCUCGGGAUAUUUGGGGGACAAGAGUUCUUCCUCUUCCAAUUCUUCACGCCGUAUGUCGGCAUGGUCGACAACCGAAUCUUCUAGGCUCUCUAUCGCGAGUGUCGUGACAUUGUCGUCUCCGCCUCGUGUCACAGAGAAUAAGGAAGAGGGUUCUCAAAAGGGUUUACCUGAUGAUGGAAUAUUUGUUAUUCCUGCAGCACGACCAAAAACUCAGGUGAGUGGAAAGGGAACAGAGACAUCUCCAAGGGCAUCUGAUUAUAGUUCUCCAUCAAAGCUGAAAAGAUUGCCGACAUCUGCUCUUUUAGAGCAGAUGGAAACUACAUUAGCUAGUAGUGAUGAAAUGCCAACAGUGACAGUCGAGAGGAGAGGUCAAGGACGGGCCCGCGGUCGUCCUCGAACUCGCGGUAGCAAAAGGGGUGGAGGUCAAGGCACUCCUUCAAAGAGUACCCCGAGAAGAGGCCGGGGACGAGGACGAGGUCGAGGCGUCAUCACCAAACCUAAAAAAUUAGAUGAAGAUAGUGAGUGUGAUGGGGAACCUCCAGAGACAAUAAACCCUGUUGCAGGGGCGUCAUUGGUGGCUAAGACUGAGGAGGCUCAAGAAAAAAAGACUGCGGAGGCUCAAGAAAAAAAGACUGCAGAUCCUGUUUUAGACCUAUUUGAUUCUCUCCAUCCUGAAGUGUGGAAAAUGCUGGAAAACUCACAGUUUCCACUCUCUGAGGAAGAGGAGGAAGCGUUUGUCGGUCAAGGGGGUGCAGAUGCAGAAAAGCAGUUAGAUCAAGUUUUAAAACGUGUGCGAGAAGCCGAGUUAGAGGCGGGCUUGUUAGUUUUUGCCAGAUUCACUGACAAUAACUUUUACUCUGCUGUGUUAACCGAACGUCACGGUGCUGAUCGUUGGCACGUACAAUUUACGUUGGACCAGUACUCCGCCUCUGUGAGGGAAGUAUAUCUCUUGCCCACAGAUUUAUUACCGCGGGGACAAACUUGCUAUGUGCGUCAACAAACUGAACAUUACUGUGAUUCUGGGGUUGUGAUAGGUCAUGUGCGAGUUGGGCCGACGGUGUUACACAUAGUGGAGACUGACAGAGGACUAAUCCAACGUAUACCACAUUCUCACCUACUGCUCACGGGCUCCCAGGCAAAUGAUAUUCUACAAGCACGAUUGGCCUUCCGAUCAUUAGUGGCUUCUCCCGGUAGAGAUAUAUCUCUAGAUAAUAUUGUGGCUGGUAGGCGACGACGCAUCCAGCCCGAACAAUUCUCAUCGCCGCGCUCUAACAAAGCCGAUGACAAUCUGGACUCCAGUGAAGCCACGGUUGGGGAAUCUGAAGACUUUGUUCCCGCCAAGGGCAGAUCUCCCAGUACUAAAAGAGGUGGUGUUUCCAAAGGUUCCAGAAAGCAAGAGUUGCCUAUUCUGCAAGAGGAGAGUGAAAAUGAAAGUGAAACUGCUUAUAAAGUCACACCGAGAGGACGCAGACGGCCCGGAACACCCAGAUCGUCGCGAACGCCUCGAGCGCCCCGUACCCCUCGAACCCCCCGUACUAGUCAAAGUGAGACGGUACCACCUGAUGAUACAUCUUUGGAGAAAGAGCUGCUCACCUCCAAGUUACAAGCAGAAACAGCUGUGCCCUUGCCAGUGGCAGCACUUCAGACAUCAGAGGUGCCUCUUACUCCGCCAAAGAAACGUGGUCGCCAGCCAGGUCAGAGCAGCAGUACCCAGACCCCAACGAAAUUGAGCAAAUUGGAAGAUGUUCCCCCAGACCCCAAAUUGGGCCCUCUCCCACCACAGGAUUCACGAUUAUUUGAAGGGUAUACCAUCCUUUUGACCAGCGGGAACAGCAGCAUUAAGAAGCGGCAGGGUGAAAAUUGUGAAGACCUUCCACCAUUCGAUAAAGAUCAUCUGACAAAUCAGAUAAUUAUUGGAGGUGGACGGGUGUUAGAAAAAUAUUCUGAAGCAGAAAUAAUACUUGCGGAACAAGGGAGAUUCUGCAAGGGCGGUCGAGCAACACCUUCCAAGGCCAAGAAAAAAAGUGCAACUGCAUCCACCACUCUCCUCCUCAUCUCCAACACACAUUGUCGAACUGCUAAAUUCAUACAGUGCCUGGCAGCUGGUAUCCCAAUUGUGUCCUUCCAGUGGGUCAUAACAUCCUGUUGUGAGAAAAAAAUCCGGUCUUGGAGAAAUUUUAUGCUGCCAUCUGGUGAGAAUGAUUCGGGAGAACAGUUGGAGCAAGAGCUUGGUGAUGCAGAUGGUCCCAUGGGUCCUCAGCAGCUACUGACGGGAGAGAGGAUCUUCCUAGGGACCUCCACCAACGCCGAGUUCAGCCCACUCUGGCAACCACUUUUGGACACCAUCGGAGCCAAAGUUAGAGUGAAACCAGCUCGGUCAGGCAAUUUGAAUCGGGUUCUAGACAAGUCCAUAACAGUGGUUAUCGGCGAUCCGACCAUCCCAGAGGAGGAGGUGCAGCGAGCAGAGCAGCUGGGCGUCCCUCUGUUGGCGACAGAGUGGGUCAUACAGUCCCUCACUGCCGGCCGCCGUCUCUCAUACACGGCCCACUCAAAAUUCCGACUUAAUGUGCGAGGUCCAGCAACAGGUAGCAAAGAAGAAGGAAAUUAAAUGAACCGUUGAGCCUUUUUUCCUUUCCAAGUUGAGUGGGACAGAAUUAGACAAAAUUGAGACUUCACAAACAGGUGGAGAUUUGGUGUUACACUCUUAGCUACACGUAAAUUCCCUGUGUAUUGUAUAUAAUGUGUAAUGAAUUAGUUUGUGUAUCGUCACAAUGGAUCAUAACGUGAAGACUUAUAAAAGACGAGAGAGAGAGAAAACAAACAAAUUUACACGUAAACUCCAUCUCUAAGGAAAGUCCCUAUUUGACACUUUGAUUCCAUAUUUUUCUAUACGUAAGUAGUUUUCAGUGAUAUGGUAAACUUGGAUAUUACUUUGAGAUAUUUGUCUACCUGAGAGAAUGCUGCUGAGGUAAUGAGGGAAGUGUGUGUGUGAGUGAGUGAGUGAGUGUUUUUUACAACUGGUGACUCGAAUUCUUGCCGUUUCAUUCUGAUGCCGACGAUGAUGAGUUGUCAGAGUAGUGGUGACGUGUUUCUCUUCGCUAGGUUUUCGACUUUUCCCCUUUUAACCUGGUGAUCAAACUCAAAGACGUAGCCUGUGUGUUAAUAUACGGCUGAAAUCUGAUUAUUUUACCCAAUACCAAAUUUUUUUAUGGUGUUUUUAACAAUUUUCCAAGUUGUCUUUUUAAAGUUUCAUGCCUUUGUGGUAUGUGAAGUCAACAGGAGUCUUGUUUAUAACCUACGUUGUUUUUUUUUCUUCUAAAUAUAUACCGUUAGCUUUGUAUAUUAUAAAAACUAAUUUAGAUUCUGUUCGGUUAUAUUUCAACACACAUGUACAUGAUGAUGAGGGAAGGGGCAUUAGUAGUGUAAUUGAUGGUCGUUUUUGUUUUGUUUUAGAAUGGAUGGUGAGGGGAUGGGGGGGGGGAAGUUUACAGAGAGGGGAAAGUUAAAGAAGUUAUGAUGGAGGAGGAGGAAGAAUAUCGUGGGUUAACGCAGCUUAAAUGUAUGUUACGUGCUGUCUGUGUGUGACCAAGGUAACAAAUCAUAUUUUUAGCUAUACUGUACAGUCAGGAUCUGUACACAGAGAGCACAAGUGUAUUAUCCUCCUCAUACUCACAAUUUAUUUACUCAUGCACAAGGAAUAGUUAAUGUGAUAAUACCCAUGAAGUAAAGCUACCUGUAUUUAUUUUUUAAUGGAUAUCGUCACCUGUUAAUAGUUCCGCGAGAGGUUAAUAGCCCCAUGAUAUAUUUUAUGUUUUAUGGAGUAAUUUAAUCCAGUUUGAUUACAAUGAUUUAGAAGUUCCUUAUAAUAAUUUUGAAAUACCAUUGAAUUAUUCUCUUUCCCUUUAUUAAAGUAAAGGGAUAUGUUGCAUCUGUGUGAUAGUGUUUAUGUUUGUUUUAAAGCUUUAUUACAAUACAGUAUUCUGAGUAGGUAUUAAAGGCUGUUGAAGCAUUUACUAGAAUACACUUUAAUUAUGUGCUUUAGUGUUUUGUUUUGUUUUAGCAAUGGAGAUAAACUAAGUGGGUGUUUUUUGGAGUGUUGUUGUGGAGGAGUAACACCGCACAGGAGAACACAUGUAUCGCAGCAUCAGUGUCUUUAUUUCCUUUUACAACUGGUCACCGUACAUCAUAGCAGAGUAAGGUUUAGGAGAAUGAGGGAAGUAUUGGGUAAGGAAUUUGAUGUUUAGUUUUGUUAAUUUUUUCUACGUUGGGUAAAUUAGUUUUUAAAUCUUACAUAAUAAUAAUUUAAUAAAAUUUCUUGUGGUUGGGUUUGGUAGUUUCUCUAAUCUGGAUUCUAUCAUAAGAAUUGGGAUAUGUAGGAUUAGCCCACUAUUUACUUGACUUAUUGUUCACUUCUUUCAGCUUUCUCAUUUGUAAGUAACCGGUGCAGUGGUUAAGUUAGUGGUUAAGGUUCAGGCUGAAGCAUCUACUUAAUCAAUAUAUUUAAAAGCAAUACCAAGUUUACAGUUCUUUGACAAGUAAGGUAAUCACAUCGUUAAUUUCCCGUCUAGUAAAUGAAGGACAAUUUCAUGGCGUCAUAGAAUUUUGAUGAAUUUGUAUGUGUGUGUGUGUGCGUCCUAUACCCUCCCACACCCUCACUCAUUCUAAUGCUGUAUUCCAUUACCACCAUCUUUAAGGAUUAAUGUUAAACUGUAAUGACUUAUGUAAAUGACUUCUACUCUCCCUUCCUCCCCAAGUCACCCAAAUCCAAGACUCUAAGUACAAAUCUGUUUUAGGUUUUGGUAUAUAGCGGGUCUGAAUUGAGUCUUGUUGACAUUAUUAUUGUCAUGCCAUGUCACUAGGGGGCUCACAGAUUUCGGAGUGGUAGCGGAGCGUGUCAGUAAUAAUGAAUAAUGGCAGAUAUGUGUGUGUUUUAGUUUGUUAUUAUGAGAAGGAAAUGAUGUACGGUACUAGAAUCCAUCUUCUUUUGGCAGUUAGUAGAAAUGAAGUGUAAGUGUGUAUACUGUAUGUGUGUGUAUGCAUGUGUAAGUGUGUGUACUGUAUGUGUGUGUGUGUUUGUGCUUGUUGUUGAUGCCUGCCACCCAGCAUCAGAGUGGGAAAGAACUUGCAUCAGUGGGAAAACUAAACAAUUAAGAAGUAUUUACCUAUCGAAAACAUGAACAAUUUACACCAACUCUCUAAGGUGGAUUUCUUGCCGUUGGUUGAACAUAUCAUUCUCACACAGCUUAUUCCGGAGUGUUGGUUGACGUACAUAAACCUCUCAUUAAAGUGCUUUGAGACCCUCCCUAAGACCAAUGCUUGAAAUAUUUGCCAAAGAAUUAUUUACUUUAUAAUUAAAAUGAAAGUUGAUUUUAUAGAUAAUGGUGGAUCUCAAAUUAUAAUAUACAAGGCAUUAUAAAGAGGUGUUAUACUUGUGAUGAGUGGUCAUCAGUGCCAUCUUCAGGUUAUAUAGGGUACUGGACACUCCUCUAGGUUCCCCCUUCUGCUGCACCUAAAUACGUAAAAGAUACAGUUGGUUACUCACUUUGAUAUAAUUGUCUUAACAGAAACACAUUGUCAGCAUCAAUAGUAAUGAAUGGUGAAGCCAGAGAAGACUUGUGUGUUUUCUGACCAUUUUUUUCAAUUAAUGUUAAAAUCGAUUUAAUCUCAUUAGCAAACAUUCAUUUUUAAGAUAAACAGUGAGAAUAAUUGGUAAAACUGGAAAAUACACCUUCUUUAUUUCCUAGCUGUGACAUUUUUUUUUUAUAAUGUUAUAAUGUGUUAAGUAAGUCACUCAUUUUUUGUCAGUCAGACUGUUCAAUCGCCCAUAAGAUUUAGUUAUUGAUGGAUUGGUGUAGUUAUUAACCUUGUUAUGGCCGACAC